CAGAAGCUGCAGAAAGUGCUACUUAAUGCGUUCAGGUGUUCCCUGUCUGCUGCAGACGCGCGAUAAGAGAGCUGUAUGGUGGCGUCACCUGUGAGGCCCCCGACGCCGAUUCCCUAUGGUUUUAACUCCUUACAAUUAAACAAAUGGACCAAACACGACUCUAUAUAUAGCGUGAAUUGGCGCCCAAAAUCCUUACAAUUAAAAAACACAUAACUAGAAGAGAUCGAGAGGGAGAGGAGUAGAGAGUUGCCGAGAAAGAAAAAUGAGAGUGAGAUCCGAGCACGAAUUAUAGGUUUUCCUUACAACAGGUCAUUGGUUCGAAAUGCAGAAGUUAGGUCUGCCAAGUAUGAAGAGCCUGGAUCAGCUCAGAUCGCUAUCCGGAGCGUCGAAGAGUUUCUCCUUCUCUUCUCGCCCUUCUUCAGAUUCCAUCUCAUCGGGAGGUUUCGCCAAUUUGAAGCUCACUGCAGAGAAAUUGGUGAAAGAGCAAGCUUCUGUGAGAACUGACCUGGAAUUGGCGAAUUCUAAGCUGAAAAAGUCCAUGGAGCAUAUUCGUGCUUUGGAGGAGAAGUUGCAGAAUGCCUUUAACGAGAAUGCUAAACUCAAGGUAAAGCAGAAAGAAGACGAGAAAUUAUGGAAAGGAUUGGAAUCCAAAUUUUCUUCAACCAAGACUCUGUGUGAUCAACUAACUGAAACUUUGCAGCACUUAGCUUGUCAGGUUCAGGAUGCUGAAAAGGAUAAGGAGUUUUUUGAAGGCAAGUUAUCUUCAAGCUCAGAAGCUGUUGAUAGUUUGAACCAGCACAUGCAUGCUCUAUCCCAGAAGUUACGUACAGCGGAGGAAACCAUCCGAAAUUGUGAAAAAGAACUGGAUGAAAUGAAAACUGAAAAGGAGGAAAAGAAUAUGUUUUACAGAAAUGAGCUGGACACGACUGCCAUUCUCAUAAAGGAGAGAGAUGCUAUGAUAGAGAAGUUUGAAACAACUGUAGUUGAGGACCGACUGGCUAGAGAGAAUGUGAACUCAAAAUUGGAAGAGCUGCACCUUGUGUUAAGAACAAAAGAAGAUGAAAUUAAACAGUUAUUCACCAUUCAGGAGAACUUGGAGAAACAAAAGAGUAAUCUUCAACUGAGCACAGAUGAACUUGGUGAUAAAUUAGUUUUAUCACACCAGGAGAUUAAAAAGUUAGAAGAUUUUGUUAGCAUUUUUGCUACACAGUUGGUUGAAUUGGACAAAGAAGGUCUAAAUUUUAUUGGAAAAUUUGAUCAGCUAUGCACUCUCCAUUGCUCUUACUUUAAGUUGUUCCAAGAGGAGAAAGAUAUUGCUGGUAGACUAGCACAAAAGUCAAUUGAUCAACUUCACGAAAAAUUCUUGUCAGUGACAUCAGAAAGAGAUGCACUGCAAUUCACAAACCAGGAACUAAACAGCAAGAUACUUGAACUUGAGAAAGACAAAGAAUCUAUUAUGACACAGUUCUCAGAGAAAUGUUGCUUAGCAGGAGAUAGAAUUCAGAGAUUGGAGUCUGAAGUAGAAAGUCUAGUCUUAAAGAAGACUGAAGGAGAAACAUUGGUUUCCAAACUAGUGGAGAAAAUUGAAACCUUGUCAGAUAGUUUAAGGUCAUCAGAGAACAAAACGCAAGAUUUAUUGUUAAAAAUAGCGGCCCUAGAAAUGGAUAAUGGAAACAUAACAGACAAAAUGCAGGCAGAAAUACAAGGGAAGGAAGAAGAAAUAGAUGCUCUCCAGAAAGAGAGUGAGAAAUAUCAUCUCCAUGUGAAUUCUUUAGAGAAACAAGUUAGUGACCUCCAAAACAUCUUAGAAGAGAAGGAACAGCUGACUCUGCAAUUGGAGGACGCUGAGAAGAAGCUGGAAGAGCAGAUUAAAGAGAAUCAAGCAUCACUGACUGCUGCAGAAAGUAAGCUUGUAGAAGCUAAGAAGCAAAAUGAGCAGAUGCUGGAGAGUAAGCAACUGGAGUUAUCACGACAUUUGAAAGAAAUAUCUCAGAGGAAUGAUCAGGCAAUUAAUGACAUUCGGAAGAAGUAUGAGGUGGAGAAGCUGGAGCUUGUCAACAUGGAAAAGGAAAAGGCGGAUGAAGUCAUAAAAGAAAUGGAAAGAAAAUCUGAUGAACAACUUGCUAAAUUUAAAGAAGAAUCGAGGCAGCAGUUGAUACGAGUUAUGGAGGAACAUGCUGCUAUGGUUAUUUGCAUUCAACAAGAGCAUGAUAAGAAGGAAAUAAAUACUAAAGCUGAGCACAAUGAGUUAACUGCUUCAUUUAUAUAUUGCUUUUGCCUUGUUUUGUUUAGUUUCUUCUUUCAGUGCCUCAGUUUUACAUUCCUUUUGUAUAUGGCAUGUUCUCCUUUUUGUAGGAUUUCAUUAUUCAUUAGAAAAAAUAUUCUGUUCCAGGAUUAUUCUAUUUCAUCAAUAAAAAUGAGAGAUUCUGGUUCUUGUGGUGGCAAAAGAAGUCAUCAUACUCUGUCUAAGGCAGAGAUUGAUGAGAAGGGUUCUCCUUCUGUCCAGGUUACACAGACACCAGUAUCAAAAAUUUUGAAGAGAGUAGAAAAUGCAAAUGGUGAAAGUGUAUUGGGCAUUCCUAAGCGCCAUAAAAAGGUAACACAUCAUGAAUAUGAAAUUGAAACCAACAAUGGAAGAACAAUCACAAAGAGGAAAAAAACAAAAAGUACAGUCAUGUUUGAGGAUCCACGGAAAGACAAGAAAAUGAAAACACCGAAAGCUACUCCCAGAACAGAGGUGAAGCGUGUGAAGGCUAGGGGAACUCCACGUCCUUCAAAUAUAGGUGACUUGUUUUCAGAAGGUUCCCUAAAUCCAUAUGCCGACGAUCCUUAUGCAUUUGAUUAAAAGAUUGGCAGAGAAAGGACGCCUAAUAUUUCCUGUGGUUGCAAAUGUCGAGCUUCUUGUUGUCACUUAUUUACAAGUUCGGUUUGGAGUGACUUCACUGCUCUCAACUUGGAUGUAGAAGUCUUCUGCAAGAAUGGAUUUAGGAUUUUAGAUAACUAUGUCUAAAAGAAAAUAGGAGAAAGAUCAUGCCAGGUAAUAUGGAAUAUAAUUCAAUUGAGGAUUAUAGACUCUUCCAUCUGUGUAUUUGAUUACAUACAAGAAAAUACGGGCCCUAGCUAGUCGAUGUAAAUAAAUAUCUGGAACUGUUUGCUGAAGGAUGCGAACUUUUUGGUAAAAUGGAGCGGUGGUUGAAGGGACUCAAAGCACUUCUAAACCUACCUCUGCUCUAUGUAUAGACAGAUAACAAAUGAUGAUUCUUAGAAAGAAGACGUGCUCUUUGGUGAACAAGAAGAAAAACAGACAGUGGAUUCAUUUUCUAUUUCUCGUGAGCCUGGAAAUAAACAUGACGAUGUUCUAUGAUGCAGAAUCUGAAUUCAAUGCGAACAGAAACUAAAGUCAAGAUUCUUUUAGUCACAAGGGUUAACAUCCUUAAGUUCUGGCGGGAAAUAAAAGAUCUUCACGUUAAAAAGAAAAAGGAGCAGAAAAAAAUGAGCAGUACUGAGCGAAUGAUUAUUCGGUAGGACAUGUUUUAAAAUAAGAAUUUACUAUGGGAGUGACACAUGUCGGGCUGAAUAUGUCAUUGCUUAUUGUUUCUAAAACGAAAAAUGUUAUAAAUGCCUUUACAA